GUCACUCUCAAGCGCCAAUACAACUCAUCUGAGGAACAGUUAACGGAGGCAUAAGCAUGGCAGUGGACAUGAGAUUGCCAACUUUUCGCAGUGAUUCGCGCUCUGUUUCUCUUUUUGAUCGUAAAGGGAGUAAAGACCUUGUCGUCCCAGGGGAUGUUAUCACAACAGAUACAGGCUUCAUGAGGGGCCAUGGCACGUACCUGGACGAUGAUAACCUGACAGCGUCAGUGGCCGGAGAGGUAGAGAGGGUAGACAAACUGAUCUGUGUGAAACCUCUAAAGACCAGAUUCAAUGGGGAGGUUGGAGAUGUCGUUGUUGGUCGAAUCACUGAGGUGCAACAGAAACGGUGGAAGGUGGAGACAAACUCCCGCCUGGAUUCAGUUCUUCUGCUGUCGUCGGUCAAUCUGCCCGGUGGAGAGCUGAGACGAAGAUGUGCAGAGGACGAGCUGACCAUGAGAUCAUAUCUCCAGGAAGGAGAUCUCAUCAGUGCAGAGGUGCAGUCGGUCUAUGCAGACGGAGCACUGCUGCUCCACACUCGAAGUUUAAAGUAUGGAAAACUGGGGCAAGGAGUGCUUGUUCAGAUCUCUCCAUCGCUGAUUAAAAGACAGAAGACUCAUUUCCACCACCUUCCGUGCGGAGCCUCUAUCAUCCUGGGCAACAACGGCUUUGUGUGGCUGUACCCCACCCCGGGACAGCAGGACGAGGAGGCCGGGGGCUUCUUCACCAGCCUGGAGCCCAUCUCCCUGUCUGACCGGGAGGUGAUCUCCCGACUGAGGAACUGUCUCCUGGCGCUGUCGGCACAUAAAGUCCUCCUGUAUGACACCAGUGUGCUCUACUGCUAUGAGGUCUCUCUGUCACAGCAGGUCAAGGACAUCCUGAAACCAGAAGUGAUGGAGGAGAUAGUGAUGAUGACGCAGCAGAAACUCGUGGAACACGAGGGUUAAACAUGGACCCUCUGCCCACAUCAUAUCUCGGAUUCAUUGUCCCAAAAGUCUGCAUUCUGAGAUUGGGAAACCACUCAACCCUAGAUGACCAGUAAUAAAUUGUUAUUCCAAUUCAA